CAGGCGAAGCUUUUCUCUCAAAUCUCUGUAGACUCGCGUUUUUUUCAGGGCACAGCAAAACAAAUCUUCAACACCGUUAUUCCUCUCUCUCUCUCUCUCUCUCUCUCUCUCUCUCUCUCUCUCUCUCUCUCUCUCGUCAGUUACUCUUGAUGCUCGCCUCGUUCCAUGGUUGAGCGCCAGCUGCUUGGAGAUUUCCAGGAACUUAUAGCCUGUUACAUCAUUUUCAGGACAACUCAAAGAAUAUACCCUGAAGAAAGAAAAACAAUCUUUCUCACAAGCUAAACAUACUGUAUGGUACUUUUAAAGUCUGUCCAUGUCUAUUGGCGUAAGAUGUUGUGACUAAGAAGACCCGAGAGUACAGUCUGUACCGCACUGUAAUGCUACUGUGUUGAACUAACCUGUUAGUGUUACUUCGUUUUGGUUUUGAAACAUCAUUACCUUUCUUUAUUGAAAAACAAAAAUCUACAUUUCGAAGUAGUUCCACAGAUAAAGGACUCAUUACUCAGCUUUUGACAAAUGUAAAACAUCAAUAUGCGAGGUAUUUUUUACUGAAGCGAGCGUGUUGGAAUAAAAACUUGGAUGGGCACAAAAACAUGAAUUGGACGACCACCACGUUUCACAGCUGAAUAUGUGCGUGUCAUUCACUUUCUGGUGGAUCUACUACUGUUGAGCUAGAUUAGCAGUGUUUGCUUGAAUAAUGUAUAGGGCGCGAAUUUCACCCUUUGGUUUAGAAUACUGUAAUUAGUAAAAUGUUUUUUUUUUCUUUUGUCAAGGGUGUCAGUUAAUGGGCAUGCUUGCCCGAAUAUCAAGCAGAGUGAGGUAUAAUAAUAAUAAUAAUAAUAAUAAUAAUAAUAAUAAUAAUAAUAAUAAUAAUAAUAAUAAUAAUAAUAAUAAUAAUAAUACGCAAAGAAACACUGGUGUACUGGAUUUCUUUUUUUAUAUAUAUAUAUAUCCUAUAUAUAUUUAUUUAUAAACCCAAGUCGACUUUUUCACUGAUCCAAUACAUCAUGAAAUCUCUGUUUUACAGUCGGUUCUUUAUCCUUCUGCCUUGGGUUCUGAUAGUAAUUAUAAUGAUACACAUUGACACUAACCGAUCCUUAGCCAGGAGCCCAGCGCAUCUUUAUUUCUCAAGACUCGGAAAUUCACAGCGACUGGACAGAGCAACCCACAAUGGCAAUAAUAAUCAAUCGUCUUUGCCAACAAUCUAUGCCAUAACUCCUACAUACAGUCGGGCGGUGCAGAAAGCGGAGCUCACCCGCUUGGCUAACACUUUUCGCCAAGUACCCCGUUUCCAUUGGAUUGUUGUGGAGGAUUCUAACAUGCGAACGGAGCUCGUAUCCCGCUUCUUAGCGCGCUCGGGGGUCCCUUACACACACCUGCAUGUGCUGACCCCCAGGAGGUAUAAGCGAGCUGGGUUACCGAGGGCUACCGAACAAAGGAACGCGGGGCUCGGCUGGCUCCGGCAGCACCGUUCCCCUCGGGACUUCGGGAUCGUUUUUUUUGCAGAUGAUGACAACACUUACAGUCUGGAGCUCUUUGAGGAGAUGCGCUCAACACGGAAGGUGUCAGUGUGGCCAGUGGGUCUGGUGGGUGGCCGUCGGUAUGAACGCCCCCUAGUGGACAAAGGCAGAGUGGUGGGCUGGUACACGGGCUGGAGAGCAGACAGGCCCUUUGCCAUUGACAUGGCAGGAUUUUCAGUGAAUCUUCAAGUUAUUCUGGCAAACCCCAAAGCUGUGUUCAAACGCCGGGGAUCCCAGCCAGGAAUGCAGGAAUCUGAUUUCCUAAAGCAGAUAACAAAAGUGGAAGAACUGGAACCCAAAGCACAGAGUUGUACCAAGGUCCUCGUUUGGCACACUCGAACUGAAAAAGCGAACCUAGGUAACGAGACAAAACAUCACCAGGACACCAUUCAGAUUGAGGUUUAAUAAAGGAAGUAUUACAAAAGGCAUACAGGGGAGGCUGGAAUACAAAAUGCUUAUCACAACUGAUCUUCCAAGCUUUCUUCAGUCUGUCUCCAUGAAACAGGACCAGGUACUCAUGUGAUGGGGCUUUAUCCGAUCAGUGGAAUAUCAGGUGUCUUUGGAACCAACACAAUGUGUUUUUGAUUCUACCUGCAUGCAUUUUUAUUCAUCUUCUAAAUGUUAUUUAAUGCUGUCUAAUGAUAAGGAUCAGUUCAGUACUCCGAAUGAAGUCUGACAUUUAUAAAAUCUUAAGAAGCAAGAUCAAAUGGAAUGGCCCAUUUUGGGAAUUUUCUGUCAUCCUGUACCUCGUCCCCUAGAAAAUGUAAAUGUCACA